AUGGCGCGGGGGAUGUUCUACUUCUCGUCGGGCCAGGUCUGCAAGAGCGCCAGGUUCGCUCCACGAGACUGGCAGCCUGUUCGAGGGACUUCCUCGGCAAGAAUUUUGAACCCGUUCUCAAUGCCCAAGAGGAGCCAUGACCAGUGCGGCGUUGCCAUGGAUUUGCUGCUGGAGUCCAUUACCGGCACUGGCUCCGUUACCCAAGUACAGGAGGCUUAA